AGCAAUGCCAAAACACCGGUAUAAUAGCACAAUCGCAAAAUUUGUUGGACUGUAUUGUACAUCCCGCUGCGUUGAACUGAUAUCGGCCAUGUAGCUGUCCUGUUGCACGCCAUGGCUACGAUCAGCUCCCCUCGAAGCGAGUCUCCCGCCAUAUCGAUUCCACGCAUCACUUCACCUUCUAUACCCAGUACAAGCGGCACACCUGUUUCCUCGGUGCGUCCGUCAUUCGAAGUGACAAGAAACAACUCUGCUUCUCCGUCGCUACAACAUGCCUCCCCCAUUGCCAAUCCGGCGCAGCGGCGCAACCGGGCUGCUUUGCGUGACUAUUACAAUCUGAAGGGAAGAGGUCCGUCCGGCGCGGAUUACGACCUCAGUCGCAAAGCAAGCAUAGCAUCCAACACCUCCGAAUCAACCAUAACCUCUCCCACGGUCGUACCGGAGUCCUCAACGCUGACAGCACAACUUGACGACCCCUACUUUGACGCCGAAGCUUACGUUUCCGACCUUCUCAAAACUGCCACCCUGCAAGAUAUACUAAAGGCAGAAAGCGCCCUUGUUAGCGAAGUUCGGAAUCUAGAUGGCGAGCGAAAGGCUCUGGUCUAUGACAACUACAGCAAGUUGAUCAAGGCUGUCGGUACGAUCGCGAAGAUGCAGAAGGGCAUGCACAAGCGGGAGCCGAACAGAUUUAGUGCGCUGGGAAUGCAGAAAGACACAACCCCAAGCCUAGAGGGAGUGGAAAAACUGGGCGAGAAACUUGACGGUCUGCUCAAGAUAGUCAAGGAUCUGGGACCUGUUCAACGAGAAGACACUCAGCGGCUGGUCGAGGCGAGGGAGCAGAGACGGCAGAAAGAGACGGUCAAAUGGGCAUUGGACGCCCCAAAUCGACUACAAGCCAUGAUAGAAAGAGGCCAGAAGGCCGAGGCGGCGAAAGAAUAUGAUUCAAUCAAGGCAUUGUUGGAUCAGUGGAACGGUGUUGGUGGAGUCGAUGAGUUGCGAGCUGAAUGUGCGCGAGUCAUCGACAGGAUCGAGACGGACGCGCGGGUAUCAGAACAGCAAGAUAACGAUGCCGCAAAUGCAGACUGACGAUGAUCCAAGAAUGCGCACAAUUUGGCCGACUCCUCAAUGUACCUACGGCACCACCGGCGACAUUCUCGGAUGGGCGAGCGGCUUCCGUCAGAUGCAUCAGGUCUCUAAUGUCCUCCAACCAGGUGGGCAGGCGCUUCCCACGAGACAAGAUCUUGCGUUCUUGAUUGAACUUCUUAAUCACCGACUUGCGGGACUGGGUCUCCCACGUCUAUAGAGAUCAGCUUCAAUCUAGCGACUCGGCAGAUCCGUUUGCCUAACUCAUACGAGAAUCGGCGCCGCGUUCUCUGCCACUCCAUUGUGCUUGCAGAGUAACUCGGCCUACUUGACACCGCCAAUGAAUGGUGGAAUCUACGCCUGCGACUCGUGUCGCGUGGUCCGAGUCGCCUUGGACUGGAAUUUGGAUGGUAUAAGAACUCAACACUCAUGAUACAUUCAGUAGUCGAGCUUGAGGACGAAGGGAGAGACCUGGACGCAACCACAUGACUGCAUCUGUGUAUUGUGGCCUACUCUUGUCUACCUACGUGGCUGCACGUUCCAGUGGUGAACCUUCACUUCGAAGCCUAGCGUCAUCGGCGAUAUCCUUGCAACACCAUCGCAAGUUCAUGGGGCGUGCUCUAUGGUUCGUACAAUCCAAGGCAAGCUUACUCAAAUACGGUAGAAGAUUGAAUUCGAACAAUAAUCAUAUCGCGCAUGACCAUAUCUCAUGUGUCUCCUUUCCCAGCCUGGAUCCAUGAGCCUGCAUGUCGAAAAUCGGG